AUGGUGUCAGAUUUUUUUUACCCCAACACAGGGGGAGUAGAAGAGCACAUUUUCAACUUGUGUCAAUGUUUAAUUAUGGCUGGUCAUAAAGUAGUUGUUAUAACUCAUUCAUAUAACGACAGAGUUGGAAUUCGAUACAUGACUUCUGGUCUUAAAGUGUAUUAUCUUCCUAUACAAACAUUCUAUAAUCAGUGCAUCUUGCCUACACUUAUUUGCUCACUGCCAUUAAUUAGAUAUAUUUUUAUACGAGAACAAACAACUAUUGUGCAUGGACAUUCAGCUUUUAGUGCCUUGGCUCAUGAAGCUAUGAUAAUAGCUUCUCUAUUAAAUUUGAAGACAGUUUUUACUGAUCAUUCUCUGUUUGGUUUUGCUGAUACAUCUGCUGUAAUAACAAAUAAGUUUUUAGAAUUGUCUUUGGCAAAUUGUAAUCAUUGUAUAUGUGUUUCACAUAUUGGAAAAGAAAAUACAGUUUUGAGAGCUCGUGUCAAUUCAUACAAUGUGUCAGUCAUUCCAAAUGCAGUCGAUGCUUUUUUGUUUACUCCAGACACAGCUUGUGAUGUUAAAAAUAAUGAAACAAUCACCAUUGUGGUCAUAAGUAGAUUAGUUUACAGAAAAGGAAUGGAUUUACUUGUUGGAGUGAUUCCAGAAAUUUGCAAGAAAUAUAACAAUGUAAAUUUUCUGAUUGGAGGUGAUGGUCCUAAACGUGGAUUGUUAGAAGAACUUAGAGAACGUGGACUUCAAGAUCGUGUAAUUUUAUUAGGAGCUUUGAAACACUCUGAAGUUAGAAAUGUGUUGAUAAAAGGCCAAAUAUUCUUAAACACUUCUUUAACAGAAGCAUAUUGUAUGGCCAUUGUAGAAGCGGCAUCAUGUGGCCUUGUAGUAGUUAGCACUAAUGUUGGUGGUAUACCAGAAGUUUUACCAUCUGAUUUGAUCUCUCUUACCGAACCAGAUGUCCAGUCAUUGAUAGUAGGUCUGGAAAAAGCAAUUGAAAGUGUCAAAAAAGGUUUAGUCUUGGACCCGUUUGAAUGUCAUAAAAAAGUAAAGUCUCUUUACAAUUGGGUAAACAUUGCUGAAAGAACUACUCUUAUUUAUAAUAAGGUAGCCUUAGAAUCAACCCUUACAUUAGCUGAAAAAUUAAGGGCGUAUUUGAAAACAGGGGUUUUGGCUUGGCUCCUUGUUAUAUCAUUUACCAGCAUAAUGUUGAAAAUUUUAAAUUAUUUUAUUCCUCAAAAGGUAAUUUAUUGUUUUUUAUAA